CUCGCUGCCACCUUCUGCUAGCACGAUGAGCGGUUCAAACGUGAAAGGGAGUUUUCCAUCCCGGGUGUCUGCGUGGAUCAGCUCGACGUACCGCUUUGCGACAGACAGAAACGACUUUAGGAGGAAUCUUCUGGUUAACCUGGGUUUGUUUGCCGCUGGAGUCUGGGUCGCUAGAAACCUCUCAGAUUUCGACUUGAUGUCUCCUCAGCCGGUGACUUAACCUUAGCUGCUGAUCUUGACCAAAAACAGGAUGAUUAAAUCUUGGACCAACAAAGAAGAAGGGAGGGACAUGAUGAAACACUUGGAAAACAAAAUAUUUUUGUUUACAUGACAUUGUUUUUCUCCUAUG